AUGCUACUGGCGGCCGUGAAAAGGCAGCAGGUACCAUCCAUGAACAGUGGUUCCCAGGGAGCGGCGGCUUUGCCUGUGUCGCUUGUACACGCGCCGGAGGGUCAUUGCAAUGGGGCUUCCCCGGCUGCUGUGGAUCCUGCUACGUUUUCGUCUUCGUCUGCAAUCCCCUUGCUGCCGAGUGUGAUGCGACCGCUUUUCCACUUCACUGCCGAUGACGCAGUGAUUCUCGCGAUGGAGUACAACAACCACAACAAGCUACUUGCUGUAUCCACCUCGAAUAAGGAGGUGUUUGUGGCGUCUACGCGCGACAUGCCGCUGGAGGGGGUGCAGGCGGCAAACGGGGAACAGGUGCAGUGGAACCCUGCAGAAAACACGGUCCGCAUUGAUCACCUGCGCUCCCCCUGUACUCAGCUUGCAUGGGCUCCUUGGCAGUACGGAAUAUACUUGGCGUGUGUCUGCCGUGGCCGACAGGUUCGGCUUUAUCGGCUUUCACAUGGUCGCUGGUCAUUAGACGAGGAGGUGGCGGCGCAAGAUUGCAAUUCAGUGGCUUUUUCCGCCCAUUUUACCAUGGCAUGUGUAACCGCAAAAGGCAAAAUAUUGAUUUUUAUUCAAGCAACGGUCAAUGAGGAGAACACAUGGACUCUCCACAGCACGUACUCGGACGGAGAGUACCAUGGCGUGACGAGACAAUUAAGUAGCCGUAGCCGCGCCAUAAAGGGUUUCAAUUGUGUUGCCUGGGAUGACACAGGAACCUGGUUAGCAGUGGGCGAUGAUGAGGGGGAAGUUCGUGUUUUCCUUGUCUCUAAUGAGGGUCGGAGUAUUGGUGAAGUUGCCUACAUAUCGGAGCUUGUCUCAGACCGGAGUAAGGGCGUUCGACAAGUAGCAUGGGCACCGGGGGCGGGACGUAGUUUUCUUAUCCUUGCUGUGGUAGCUUCUUACAAGGUCACACUGCUGUUUUUUCAACGUGCUCGAGGAGGCGUGAACGCUGGCGGCAGCGGCGCACAGACGUCGGUGGGAACACAACUCCAGUUUAUCACAAAAACAAGCAUUACUAUGGAAGAGGUAACAGAACUUUCUUGGAACAUACAUGGGGGGCGUUUUGCUACAGCUCACACAGAUGGUGCGGUUUGUUUCUGGGCUGUGAACAUUUCCUACCAAAAAGGGCGGCGAGGUUCUCUUGUUGACGUUGAAAAUGCUAUGGGUAGUAAUAUUAGUGGAAGCGGUGGGGCAAGUCACGUGAAUGCGACGCAGCCCUAUCGUGAUUUACUCCUGGUGGCUUCUGUGAGCAAAAUUUCUGGUGUGCAUCCCUACCAUGGUGGUAGGUAG